AAGCUUGAAGCAGGGCAGCUCUACUCAAGGCCCCGAAAAUACCCCGCCCAGCCAUGCUCUGGCAGAAGCUGCUGCCACUCCUGCUCCUGGCGGUUGCUCUGGCUGCUGCCACGCCCACUUCGAAUCAUUCAAGUCAAUAUGAGGCGUCGACGCAGCGUAUACUCGAUGUGGCCACGCAGCGUAUGCGCGUCAUUUGGGAUAUGCGCCGACGCAUCUUUCUGCAGCUCACCUCGAAGGGUAAGUCGCCGCUGGGUGUGCAGGCGCCCAGCAAGCAGGAAGUGGAAACGGAGACCUACAAACUGCUCCACGAGCUGGCGGCCAAUCUGAGCGUGGUGCCCGUGGAGCAGCUGCGCGAUCCGCUGCUGCGUCGUCGCGUUCAACGCCUGGCCAAGCUCCAGCUGCACGGUCUGCGGCCCGACGACUAUGAACAGGCCAAGGAUCUGCUGAGAACCAUGCAGAAUUUCAUCAGCGGCCCCCUGGUCUGCCCCAAUGCCAAUGACGAUUGCCAGGCGCGCCGGCCGUUGGCCAUGUACCCGCAGCUCUACAAUCUGAAUAUGCACACGAAGGUGUACGACGAUCUGAAGCUGAACUGGUACCGCUGGCGCAGAGCCAUCAAUGACAAGGAUACGGCCAGGUCGACGUUCAUCGACUAUGUGCGCCUCCUGCGCAUCGCUGCCACCUACAAUGGGCAUGUGACGCCGUCCAGAACUUGGUAUUUGCAUUACGAUACGGAGAACUUCCAGGCGGAAAUGGAGGAGGUUAUCUGGGAGAUAAUGCCGCUCUAUAGAGAGAUGCACGCCUAUUUGAGGCACUCGGCUAUGCUGGCCUACCCCAAGGCCAAUUUCAAAGAUGACGGCGCCAUCUCAGCGCCCGUUUUCGACCAAAUGCUGUCGCAGGCCUGGUACUCGCACCAGAUCUUUCGCACGCCCUAUCCCAAGGAUCAGUUGCCCUCAGUGCAUCAUCGUCUGGAGGAGGUGCUCGUCACACCUGUCAAGAUUAACAUCAAGGCAGCCGAGUUCUUCGAGUCGCUGGGUCUCAAUCACAUGUCCAGCAACUUCUAUGAGCGCUUCUUGCGGCGCAUGAAUGAUGAUGAGGGCGGUUCGGAUUGCAAGUCCCAAGUCUAUUACUUUCCGCCAGAUGUCGCGAUGCGCUAUUGUCCCAAGCCCAACUACAAGAAGCUGAUGCAAAUCCAUGGCACCAUGGCCGAGCUGCAGUACAAUAUCUACAAGCGUGAGCUACCGUUUGGCUUAGAUACGGAGCCCUGUCCGGGCUUUGCUGCCGCGCUCGGCGAGACUGCGGUGCUGGCCUCGGGCACGCCGCGUCAUCUGCACCGCCUGCACAUCCUGUUGAAUGAAAGCCUAACGGAGAAUCAAUCGCUGAAUCGACUCUUUCGUAUGGGCGUACACACGCUCUUGGCUGUGCCGCAGUAUUUCAUCAACGAUAAAUUCCUUGUGGAUGUCAUGGACGGUCGCAUUGGCGUACAGGACUACAACUGCGCCUAUUGGCGUCUGCAGGAUAAGUUUGCGGGCGUGCAGCCUCCCGAUUGGCGUACUGCUAAGGACUUCGAUUUGGACUAUAAGUUUUAUCGUGGUCUACAGCCAGACAAAUCCAGUACAAGAAAAUUCAUGGCAGAGGUGCUUGGCUUCCAGUUUUAUCGCUCCUUUUGCAUAGCUAGCCAACAGUAUAAGCCCGGAGAUCCCAACUUUCCGCUGCACAACUGCGAUUUUCACAAAAGCACUGAGGCGGGUGACUUGAUGCGGGAAAUGAUGAAGUUGGGCGCCACUAAGCAUUGGCGCGACGUCAUGUUUAUAGCCACAGGUGAACGCAAGCUGAGUGGGCGUGGCAUCUUGGAAUACUUUGCCCCGCUUUUCACCUGGCUGAAGGAACGGAAUAUGCAACUCGAAUUGGAGCCGGGCUGGGAAGCAGACGAGUUCUGCCGCAACGAAUAACAGCAGGAUUAUACCAAUCUCACAUCAAUGCCUAAAAGUCUAUAAAUAAAUAUCAGGCUUUUUAUCGGGUCUACAGUUUCUAUGGCACGAGCUACAAACUAUCUAUGCA